AUGUACCCGUUAGUGGAGAAAAUAGCAAAUGAAGCUUUAGCGUACGCAGAUCUACUGCAUUCUAACGGAGAAGCAAUAAAUUUCUCUAAGUUCUACGAAAAGUAUACGAUGGAGAUUAUCGGUAGUGUUGGAUUUGGAGUUGAAUGCAACAGUUUCAAAAAUGAGAAAUCUGAGUUCUGUGUCCGUGGACACGAAUACUUCGAACCUCAGUCAUUGUAUUGGACAUUUACACGCGCUAUGGCUUUUUUCGCACCGGACUUAUUUAACAAAUUAAGAAUCAGACGCAUUAAUCCAGAAAUCAUUGAUUUCUUCUACAAUUUGGUUAAACAAAUUGUUAAUUAUCGUCAAAACAACAAUUACAAGCGAAACGAUUUUCUCCAGACGCUCAUUGAGUUAAAAAACGACGACUCAAUUGAUAACGAAGGCAUAAGUAAAAUACAGAAAGGUAUAUUUUCGAUGAAUGACGUUGCUGCUAACACGAUGCUGUACAUGUUUGCUGGAUAUGAGACCUCAGCGACCACUGGUCAGUUAGCAGCCUACGAGCUGGCCCUCAAUCCUCUCGUACAACAAAAGGCCAGGGAUGAGAUAAAAAGGGUAUUGGAGAAAUAUGACGGAGAGUGCACUUAUGAAGCACAGAGUGAAAUGGCUUACAUGAAUAUGGUGUUAGAUGAAACAAUGAGGAAGUAUCCUCCAAUGCGCGCGUUGUUUCGAAGAUGUACGAAGGAGUACAGAAUGCCUAAUAGCGAUGUUGUGAUUGAGGAAGGAACACUGGUAUUCAUUCCCAUACAAGCUAUACAAAUGGAUCCAGACAUAUUCCCGGACCCAGAGAAAUUCGAUCCUGAGAGAUUUAUACUUGAGAAAAAGGCUAAGAUGCAUUCAUGUCAUUGGAUGCCUUUCGGUGAAGGUCCGCGUAAGUGCUUAGGUCUCCGUCAAGGGUACGUCCAAUCGAAGCUUGCACUUGUGAAGUUGUUGCACAAGUAUGAGUUGUCGUUAGAUGACCGCUCCCCGGUGCCUAUGAAGAUCAAGGCCUCUUCGCUGGCGUGCUCCGCUGACGGCGGAGUGUGGAUCAAGCUUAUCAAACUUGAGGUCUGA